AUGGUUGUAUUUUACGGUUCACAAACAGGUACAGCAGAAGAUUUUGCUCAACGUAUUGCUAAACAAGCUAAACGUUAUGGAAUAUCUGCGGCUGUAUGUGAUCCAGAAGAAUGUGAUAUGGAAGAAUUACAACGUUUAAUAGCCAUUGAUAAACAUUUAGCAUUAUUUUGUUUGGCGACAUAUGGUGAAGGUGAUCCAACAGAUAAUGCUCAAGAAUUUUAUGAAUGGUUGCGUGAAGAUGGACGAGAUUUGAACAACUUACAUUAUGCUGUAUUCGGUCUUGGUAAUAAAACAUACGAACAUUAUAAUGCUGUAGGAAAAUAUGUUGAUAAACGUUUGAGUGAAUUGGGUGGUGUUCGUGUUUGUGAAUUAGGUCUUGGCGAUGAUGAUGGAAAUAUUGAGGAUGAUUUUAUGGCAUGGGCAACUAUAUUUUGGCAAAGUGUUUGUCAAAAAUAUGAACUUGUUAUUAAUGCUGAUGGAAGCUCCAUGAGACAGUAUAAACUUGUUCAAGGACCAUUUUCACCAGAAACUGUUUUCACUGGUGAAAUAGGUCGACUGAAAUCUUAUGAAAAACAAAAACCACCAUUUGAUAUUCGUAAUCCAUAUUUGGCACCAGUUGUUGCUAGUCGAGAAUUAUUUCAAAAAGGUUGUGCUCGUUCUUGUUUGCAUCUAGAAUUAGAUAUAUCAAAUACACGUAUAAAAUAUGAAGCCGGUGAUCAUGUUGCUGUAUUUCCAUCAAAUGAUGAAGCUUUAGUUAAUCGUGUUGGUGAAUUACUGAAUGCUAAUCUUGAUGAAGUCAUUUCACUUGUUAAUGAUGCUCAAAAGAAAAGUCCAUUUCCAUGCCCAUGCAGUUAUCGUACAGCAUUAACAUAUUAUUUAGAUUUAACAAGCAUGCCAAAUACACAAAUACUUAAAGAAAUAGCACAAUAUGCAACAGAUGAAAAAGAAAAAGCUCUAUUAACACUAAUGGGUUCAUAUAGUGAAGAAGGAAAAAUUAAAUAUAAAGAAUGGAUACUUGAUAGUUAUCGUUCAAUAGUUGCUAUUCUUGAAGAUUUACGAUCAUUAGAACUACCACUUGAUCAUCUUUGUGAAUUAUUACCACGUUUACAUCCACGUUAUUAUUCAAUAUCAUCAUCACCAAAAGUUCAUCCAACAUGUGUUCAUAUAACAGCUGUUAUUGUUCAUUUUGAAACACCAACAAAACGAAUUGCAAAAGGCGUUGCAACAAAUUGUUUUAAAGAAUUAUAUACGAGACAUCAAGCAUUAGGUUAUGUUCAACAUAAUGAAGAAAAUCAUUGUCAUAUACCUGGCCGUUUUCCAAUUUAUAUACGUAAAUCAACAUUUCGUUUACCAUUUAAAUUUCAAAUACCAGUUAUUAUGAUUGGUCCUGGAACUGGUUUAGCACCAUUUCGUGGAUUUAUACAAGAACGCCAUUUUUAUAAAACUCAAGAUAAACCAGUGGGUGAUACAAUUCUUUAUUAUGGUUGUCGAAAUCGAACUGAAGAUUAUUUAUAUGAAGAAGAAUUAAAUUAUUUUAUCAAUGAAAAUGUACUUGAAUUACAUAUUGCUUUUUCACGUGAUCAAGAAGAAAAAAUCUAUGUAACACAUUUAUUAAAAGAGCACGGAGCAAGAAUAUGGAAAUUAAUUAAAGAAGAUAAUGCUUCAAUAUAUGUUUGUGGUGAUGCAAAAAAUAUGGCUAGAGAUGUACAUUCUAUUUUAAUAGAAAUCGCUCAAGCAUAUGGUAAUAUGACAUCAGAACGAGCAGGUACAUUCGUUAAAGAGCUUACACAAAAAGGACGAUAUUCACAAGAUGUAUGGAGUUAA